AUGGCCUCUUCUACAGACUCCCAAAAGAGCCAAACGAGCCUGCCUAACGCCGAAAAUGUCGAGAACAACAAGCAGGAGCCAACGACAGUCAAUUCCGUACCUGCCACUCCCGCGCCUUCCUUCGCAGAAGGUGGCACCCGAGCUUGGCUGGUAGUCCUCGGAUGCUGGUGUGUAGCAUUCGCUUCUUUUGGUAUAGUCAACACAUUCNNGGGUAUGCUUCUUCAUCUGUCUAUGAUAUGCACGCGAUUUCUGACCUGCUGCAGCGUUUACGAAACCUACUAUUUGCGGACCUAUCUUCACGACUAUUCUCCCUCUACUGUUGCUUGGAUAGGCUCUAUUCAAGCCUGGGUCCAGCUCUCAGCCACUCUGAUCUCGGGCCCCGUUAGCGACCGCUACGGUCCACUGGUAAUCGUCUGGCCGUUCUCGCUGUCUUUGGUCAUUGGCAUGAUGCUCACCAGUCUCUGUACCAAAUUCUAUCAGUUCUUCCUGUGUCAAGGUAUUUUGCUGGGUGUUUCUUCAGGCCUCAUCUAUGCUCCGGCUCUUUCUAUCGUCGGUCACUACUUCUUCAAAAAGCGUGCUAUGGCUAUGUCGAUUGCUUCAUCCGGAUCUCCACUCGGCGGCAUCAUAUACCCUAUCAUCUUGAACAACCUGAUCCCAAGCAUUGGAUUUGGAUGGGCUCAACGUGUGUGUGGGUUCCUGAGUCUGUUUCUGCUGGGUAUAGCCGUCUUGACACUUCGCCCCCUGAACAUCAAGAGAAAGGGUUCCUUCAUACUUCUCGGAGCAUUCAAGAAGCCAGCAUACUCGGUCCAAAUCGUCGCUCUUUUCCUGGUCAUUCUGGGAUUCUUCUCUCCUUACUUUUUCCUUGCCGAUUAUGGCUUGGCGCAUGGAGUGUCGCCUCAUCUUACCAAUUACCUGUUUGCAUUCCUCAAUGCUGGGUCUCUGGUGGGGCGUGUGGGUGGAGGUUUCGUCGCGCUCUGCCUUGGCAUGUUUAAUUCCAUGGUCUUUGCUUGCUUUGCUUCUGCACUGCUUAUGUAUUGUUGGCUGGCCAUUACCUCGACUGCCGGAUUGAUCAUCUUCGCUUUACUGUUUGGAGCCACGAGCGGCAUGAUCAUCGCGCUGAUGUUCCCUGUCAUCGCACACAUGGCAGAUCACCCCAGCCAAAUGGGAACGUAUCUCGGUCAGGCGACGUUUGUCUUUGGCUUUGCUGCUUUNGGGGGUGCGCCCAUUAUUGGUGCGCUGUUUGAUGCUUAUCCUGGUUACGAGCAGGGUAUCAUUUUUAGUGCGUCUGUCAUGAUGGCCGGUGCCGUUGUUAUCACAGGUGCCAGGUACAUGUUUGCUCCUGACAAAUUGGUUGCUUGA